UCGAUUGUCCAUCGGACCAGACCGCCGCCGGAACCACGUCUGCCUCGAUGCAUCGCGAUUGGUGACACAGCAUCUUGACUUCGCCACUGCCCAAUAUUGUCCCAGGAACCAUCACCGCGGAAUACCUCGAAUCUUGCAUCGUCGCACUCAGCCACAGCCACUUCAGCCCGCCCCAUGUUAUCGAGGACAACAUCAUAACCUCCGACCUCAAAGGCAUCCCGUAUCGUAGGGAGACUCUAGAAUUCCUCGCCGUUUCCGACAGUAUCCGCCUGCCGUGACAAUGAGGCUCGCCUCGCUAGCCCUCGUACUGGGGGCCUCCGCCCUCGGAGCUGCGCAGGCCAUUGGUGCCGAAAACACCGAGGACCCAGAGCACGAGAACACCUACUUCAACGACCAGAAGGUCCCUCCUCUACUGGAGCUCAACAGCGACAACUACGAGAAGGAGUUUGGCCUUUCCAAGAACCUCGUUGUCAAGUUCUACAGCCCGUGGUGUCCUCACUGCAUAGAUUUCGCCCCGACAUAUCAGACACUAUACGAGUUCUACUACACACAAUCAGUAGAAGACCCCAAGACGGGCAAGACCGUUCCGUUCGAAGAAUAUUACGACCUGCGCUUCGCCUACUUGAACUGCAUCGCUUUUGCUGAUACUUGCACCAAGCUCAGCAUCAGCACCUACCCGCAGGUUGUUUUCUACACGGAUGGAAAGGCCGUGGACGCCAUCAAGGGCAACAAGAACAUGACACUCGAGUCUGGACUGAUUGAGAAGAACAUCAAAGAUCAGAAGCCGGCCACCCGCCCGACAGAGCUUGAGCUGCCUGAACCCGGAGACUUGGCCUCGCCUGCCCAUAUCGCCAAGAAUGGCAAACCCAAGAAGUCGGGCACCUCCAGCAAGACCACAACAGGUGAAGAGACUGUUGUGUUAGAGAAGGAGGAUGUAAAGGAAAAGGAGCCCGCCAAGGCCAAGGAAGCCACCCCGACAAAGCCCAAGGUCGACCCUUGGGCUGCCGCCAAUGUCAAGCCCGCGAAGGCCACCUCGACGCCGAACCCUCAAGGCAUCUCGGUUUCUCUUACGGCCGAAAGCUUCCAGCAACUCGUGACCAUGACUCAGGAGCCUUGGUUCAUCAAGUUCUACGCUCCAUGGUGCCACCACUGCCAGGCCAUGGCCUCUAAUUGGCAACAGCUUGCCAAGGAGAUGAAGGGUAAGCUCAACAUUGGCGAGGUCAACUGCGACGCGGAGUCGAGACUCUGCAAAGACGUCCGCCUUCAUGGCUACCCCACCAUCCUCUUCUUCCGUGGGGGUGAGCGCGUCGAGUACAAUGGGCUCCGUGGACUUGGCGACUUCCUCCAGUAUGCCGACAAGGCUCUCGACAUCUGCAGCGGCAUUCAGGACGUUGACCAAGCGUCGUUCGAGGAGCUCGAGAAGACGGAGGACGUCAUUUUUGUCUAUUUCUACGAUCAUGCGACCACCAGCGAGGAUUUCCUGGCCCUCGAGAGGCUCCCUCUUAGCCUCAUCGGGCAUGCCAAGCUUGUCAAGACGCGGGAUGUUCAUCUGUAUGAGCGUUUCAAGAUCACGACGUGGCCGAGACUUCUGGUGGCCAGGGAAGGCCGCCCUACCUACUACAACCCUCUGACACCCAACGAGAUGCGGAACACCCGGCAGGUCCUGACAUGGAUGAAAUCCGUCUGGCUACCAAUCGUGCCUGAACUUACCGCCUCGAAUGCUCGUGAGAUUAUGGACGGCAAGAUCGUCGUUCUGGGCAUUCUCAACCGCGAGGACGACGAGGCCUUCUUGAGCGCUAAGCGCGAGAUGAAGAGCGCCGCCAACGAGUGGAUGGACAAGCAAAUCCAGCUGUUCCAGAUGGAGAGACAGGAUCUCCGUGACGCCAAGCAGCUCCGAAUCGAGGAGGCUGAAGACCGCAACGAUCAGCGCGCUCUGCGCAACGCCAAGAGCAUCCGCAUCGACAUGAACAGGUCAGACCGUAAGGAGGUCGCCUUUGCAUGGGUCGACGGUACUUUCUGGCAACGCUGGAUCCGCACAACGUACGGCAUUGAUGCCAAGGACGGCGAGCGCGUUAUCAUCAACGACGAAGAUAACCGUCGCUACUGGGACCAAACCAUCACCGGCAACUACAUCAUCCCUUCUCGAACUUCUAUCCUUGAGACCAUCUCAAAGGUCACCGCCUCACCCCCCAUGCUCAAGCCCAAGCUCACGAUCUCAGCUUUUGAGAAGGUAUUUUUCGACAUUCGCAUGGCUUUCACUGAGCACCCCAUCAUCUCCUAUGGCGGUGUGGUUAUUGCUGUGCUGUUUGGCCUGCGAUACUUCCGUGGACGUCUGCGGGGUGGCCGUGGCAACUUCCGGAUAUCGGAGAACCUUCCCGUCAAGGAGAUUCGCGAGGGUCUUCUCGGCAACACGGCGAACGGCAAGACGGACUGAACAAGUCCGCCUAUUUUGA